CGUGCCCACGUGACGUGUGUCUGGAGCGUAGCCUGCCCCAGCCGAUGCUCUGGAGCGGUUAGUCUCUUUAGUUGGAACGGUGUCAGGAAGUCACCAGGCAGAGUAUGAUGUAUGAUGGCGUUUACUUCUUAAUUGUUGUUCUUUCUACUGGCAAAACGGAUUUCAAGCGUUUUGCGCCAAUGGGGUUGCACUGAUGUAACGUUAGCGUCAGUAGCUCCUGAGCUCAUCUGGACUCCAGUCAUAAUCCCAUAAAUUCAACUGGUACGUAAUGCUAGUUUAGGGGAUGGGGGGGAGACAAAAAAACCUCCCACAUAGCUAAUGUAAAGACGCAUUUCACACAGGUGAAUUGUUAAAACGGUGUCUCGAGCAAUGGUGGUUUUACAAGCUUGUCUGUUAACUUAGCUUCGCUAGCUCUGUCGGAAGAGUCACAACACACAUAACGGUCGCUCACGCGGGUUUAGCACUCCGCGCUGGUCGCUCGUGCAGCCGUCGUAAUUAGUUUCGCCGUCAAUUAAACGACAUUUAAAUCGCGGUGCCUCGUGCUGCUCUCUUGUUCUUGUUUAAGCGGCGAUAUAACUUAAGUAGGCGGCGUCGGAGAAUAGUUAUUAGCUAGCUAACGACGCGCCUCGCGCUGGUCUGCGAGGAUUCAACUGCAGUAACUGGAUUUUCAGCACCGAGGAGGAGGAGGAAGGCGGCCGGUGGGUGAAGCCAAAUGACCAAGUCCGAGCCGAAGAGAAGCGGCUUGGCCGCGGUCAACGCCGCCGGCAAGUGCGCCACAUCCGCCGAGCCGGACGACGACGUCUCGGCCGAGUCGGGUUGCCCGAGUCAGAGCGCACACGUCAAAGCUAACGUGAUGAAGCAGCCGUCCAGGGAGAGCACGCAUCGGAGAAACACGGAGUGUGAAGUGUAUGACGACGGGACCAACACAUUUUUCUGGCGAGCCCACACUGUGACAGUGCUGUUCAUAUUGACUUGUGCUCUGGUCUACGUCACUCUGUUGGAAGAAACCCCCCAGGACACGACCUACAACGCUAAGAGGGGGAUUGUGGCGAGCAUCCUGGUGUUUCUCUGUUUUGGAGUGACACAAGCCAAAGAUGGACCCUUCACCAGACCACACCCGGCUUACUGGAGGUUCUGGCUUUGUGUCACUGUCGUCUAUGAGCUGUUCCUCAUCUUCAUCCUCUUCCAGACGGUGCACGAUGGACGACAGUUCAUGAAGUACAUUGACCCCAAACUUGGGGUUCCCCUCCCGGAGCGCGACUAUGGAGGAAACUGCCUCAUGUACGACCCGGGCAACACCACCGACCCCUUCCACAACAUCUGGGACAAGAUCGAUGGCUUUGUUCCCGCUCACUUCCUGGGAUGGUAUAUUAAGACUCUGAUGAUCCGCGAUUGGUGGAUGUGUAUGAUAAUCAGCGUCAUGUUCGAGUUCCUGGAAUACAGCCUGGAGCACCAGUUACCUAACUUCUCGGAGUGCUGGUGGGACCACUGGAUCAUGGAUGUGUUGGUGUGUAACGGUCUGGGGAUCUACUGUGGCAUGAAGACCUUGGCCUGGCUGUCGAUGAAGCCCUACCAGUGGCAGGGCCUGUGGAACAUUCUCACAUACAAGGGGAAGAUAAAGCGUAUCGCAUUCCAGUUCACGCCGUACAGUUGGGUAAAGUUUGAGUGGAAGCCCGCUUCAAAUCUUCGACGCUGGCUUGCUGUGUUAGGCAUCAUAUUUAUGUUCCUCCUGGCGGAGCUGAACACCUUCUACCUGAAGUUUGUGUUGUGGAUGCCCCCUGAGCACUACCUGGUGCUGCUCCGCCUGGUCUUUUUUGUCAACGUCGGAGGCGUCGCCAUGAGGGAAAUCUACGACUUCAUGGACGACCCGAAGUUCCACAAGAAGCUCGGCCAGCAGGCGUGGCUGGUGGCAGCAAUCACCGUGACGGAGUUCCUCAUUGUGGUCAAGUACGAUCCCAACACCAUCAUGCUGCCCCUCCCCUUCUUCAUCACGCAGUGCUGGUUCUUAGGAAUCGUCCUCAUCUUCGGCUGGACCGUAUGGCGCUUCUUCUUCCGGGACAUCACGCUCCGCUACAAAGAGACCCGUCAACGCAAACAGGAAGUCCCCGCGGACCGGGACCGUCCUCUGGGCAACGGCAGCACAGCCACCCCGUCCGGGCGGAGCAAACUGAACGGCAGCUCGGAGACGGUGCGGCAGAGGAAGUCCUGAGGAGGAGGAGGAGGAGGAGGAGGAGGAGGAGGAGGGGGGUGGGUGUGGGCGGAGUCGUAACCGGACGGUCAGGUGCAACUGAGGGGGGGGGGGGGAAGACGAGGUUUGAUGUGUGUGUGUGGAGGGGGAGAUGACUGAAGGAGAUUUGUGACUCAAAGACACGCGUAGAGCCAAACGGAUGGACACAUGUUUGUGCUGUGUUGACCUUUUCGUUGUGCCUCCAUGACGUAGUCACUCAACAGAGGCGGGGGUUGGAAGGUGCAAUUUCUUUUUUUUUUUUCUUUCAGAGAAUUUUCUUACUACAGGGAUUUACCUCAUUCUAAUUUUUAAGAGCAUUUUUUUUUGUGGGGGGGUGGGUGGAUUACACACGGACACAUUUUUUUGGGUUAUUAAAACAUUAUUUUUGGACGUCUGGUCAUGAGGAAAGGAGAAAAACAAAAGCGUUGAAUCAAAGAUGGAGGAAGUAGUAGAAGGAGGGCUACAGGUGACCAGGGAAGUAGAUAGACUUGUGACCAACGAUAGACGGCAGUUUUAGAUUUCAUCCUGGUUGCACACGUUGAUUGCAGAAACAUGGCCGCCACUGUAAAUAUGCUUCGUUAUGCGCCCUCGCGUCGGUGCAGAUGAGGACAAAGGGGAGUAUUCUGUAGGUGUAGGUAACUGAUGUUCAGUGUCAACCUGGGAUUUUGGCUACAAUAAUGUAACUUGCUUCAUGAUAGUUGUUAUUUUUCUUAGGUUUUGUUUACAGUUCAGUUUCUCAUUCCUGGAAGAACUGAGCCCGGAGGUCCUUGUGACUGCUGGGGGUCCUCGCUCAGUUCCUCAAGGAAAGGAACAACUGGCCAAAGCCUUUUAUCUCCCCUCUGGCUAAGAAAAGCAAAAUCAAUAUGUACCAUAUUCUAGUUAUUUAACUGCUGAUUAUACUUGAUAUAUGGGGUACAGUUUGGGUGUUAUUUGUCGAUGUUUUUUUGUUAUUUCUUUAGGGUGAAUCGAUUAUGAACACUAGAUUGUACUCUUUUCCUUUUUGUGACGUGAGGCACUGAGGAAUCUGCAGCACUCUUAACGAACACAUCCACGACAAUCACACUUCUAGAAAGACGAUCAAAAUACAGCAAAAGUAACGGACGUUCCACUGUUACAGGGUUGAAUAACAGAGGGCUGAUUUAAGUCACUACAGGCCGUGAAGGUAAAAUAUCUUUAAUGCCAAAUGCUUCUUUUAUUUAACACGUAUUAAAGAUCUCAUUGUCAUUCAGCUCUGCGCCGUCUGAAU